AUGAGCACUAAUACCGGUGAAGUCACUAAGAACAGUGACGGUACAAAGACCGUCAUUUCCUACAGAACUGAGAAUGGCCAAAAAUUCAAAGUUACUCAAAAAAUUAGAGAAGUCAAAGUCACUGAGCAAGUCCCAAAAGUCGUUGCUGAUAGAAAGAAGUGGGCUAAAUAUGGUGAAGAAAAGAAUUCUCCACCAGGUCCAAAUCAAGCUACUACCCAAUUAGGUGAGGAAGUUUAUUUGAGAUUGAGCAGAAACUGGAAAUUAUUGGAAGAAGAAGAAUUAGAAAAAUCCAAGACCAAGUCCGAAGGUGGUAUUACCUGUAGAACUUGUGGUAACGCCCAUUACACCAUGUCUUGUCCAUUCAAGAGUAUCAUGAGCGAUCUUGCUGCUUUGGAAGCUGGUAAUGCCGUUCCAGAAGCUGGCGAAGAAGAAGCCGGUGCUGCUGCUGCAAGUACCGAUGGUGGUAUCAUUGCUGGUAAAUAUGUUCCACCAUCUCGUCGUGCUGGUACUAAAGAUCCUUCAUCCAAUGCUUAUAGAGACUCAAGAGAACAUGACGAUAUGUGCACCAUCAAGAUUACUCAAUUAAAUGAAAAUGCUGAUGAGAACGUGUUAAGGGAAGAGCUAUUGUUCCCAUUCGGUAACAUUCCAAGAGUUGUCGUUGUUAGAAAUAGAGAGACUGGUAGAUCCAGAGGCCUUGCUUUUGUCACUUUAUCUAGUGAAGAAGUCGCUGAACAAGCUAUUCGUUUAUUGAAUGGUAGAGGUUUCAUGAACUUGAUCCUAAACGUUGAAUGGUCUAAACCAAGAGUUGUCGAAUAA